AUGAUUUAUACAUUUGCAAGAUUGUCAAUUUUUGUAAUACAAUCAAGGCAAAUUAAUCCGAUCGAAGAUGGAAAACAAUGUUGUGAAUUGGCUUAUAUAAAAGAUAUAUUUAAUAACAUAAAAAUUUGGGACGGCCAGACAGUUUUUGAAAAUUUUGAAAAAUUUGUUAAAUGUAGAGAAUAUUCAGUCACGGCUUUACUUGAGCAAUCUAAGGAAAAUUUUAGUGUAUUUUUUAAUUUAUACAAUAAAAGUAUAGAUUGUUCUAAAAAUAAAAUAACAUCGCGCAACUUAAUCAGAAAGUUGAAACGGAACAAGCAUUUUAAACUAACUUUUCAACAUUAUAAAAUAGUAUUUAAUACAAUUUAUAAUAAAAACAAAAACAAGUUUAUCAAAGCUUUAAAAAAUGCUGAUAGCAAUGACAUUAGAAAUAAAAGUUUUCUAAAAAUAUAUUGUGCAUUUCGGAAAAUUUUUUAUGCUAUUUGUGAAAAAAUACAGCAAAAAAAUGAACGAAAAUUAAAAACAAAAGCAAAAAUGAAAAAUCUUCCCAGGCUUACCGAAAAUGCGAAGCUUUUAAAUCAGAUCGAAAAAUCAUUUUUGUUUUUCCCUGCCGUAAAUUAUCACAAAGGAAUACAAACAUUAGAUUUGUACAAAUUUCUUUACUACCUUGAAACUAACUUAACUAAAGUCGAAGAUUCAAAUGUAGCCAAUGAUUUUAAAAAACACUGGACAAAAAUACAUGAAACUAAAGGAUAUGAUAAUUUGCAAGCAUUAGACCUAUAUCAUGUAUAUGAUUCUUAUUUUUACCUUUUUGAUUCUAGGUUGUCAUAUCUUUGUAGCAUUUUUCAACAAAUUGUAAAAAUGCAGAUAAGGGAUUUAGAAAAAAAAUUGGAUAUUGAUUUAAAUUUAAAAAAAAAAUUAUAUCUUUUUUUUAAGACUAUUUUUUAG